AUGGAUCCUCAUGAUCUACGUGCUGCCAUAUUGAAAAUUCAAGAUCAUCUGAGUGAUAAUGAUCGAAAACGCUUACAUUUCUUCUUGGGUCGUGAUGUUCCACGACGAAUUCGCCAUGAUCCAACACUGGUUGGUACUAUUAAUCUAAUAGAAUCUUUUCUUGAUCAAGAUAAAAUCAAUGAACAAGAUGUUAGUUUGCUGACAAAUGCAUUCGAAAAAGUUCAAUGCAUCGAUGCGAUGAGAAUACUAAGAGAACAUAUGAAACAAGUACAGAAAAAUGGACAUACUUAA